GACGGUUCAGGAGGAGAAGGUGACAACCUGCAUCAAAAUCGAGUUGAUGUCCGUGCACCUCGCAGCGGCUUGUUCCCGUCAGGAAAAGAAAGCCAGUCGCUGGAGACUGCAGGGAACAAAGGCAGGGCAGUGCCGAAAGCAGCGGUCGCAGACCCCACCGGUAGCUCCUCUGCGCAAUUUGAGGCCACUGUAGCGAGC